ACAUCAGGGCUUCAGACUUCAGAAAUCCAACAUGAUGCAAUCAGGACUUGCAGCUGUUUUCUUUUUCUUGUUGGGUUUGUCAUUUUGCCUGACAAUCCCUAUUCCCCUUGAAGACAGCCAUGAAUUCACAGAAAAGGACCUUCAGUUUGCAGAGCGCUAUCUCAGGACUCACUAUGACCUCCAUCCAAACCCUGCUGGCAUAAUGAGGAAGAGUGGAAACACAGUGGCAGCCAAACUUCGGGAAAUGCAAGCUUUUUUUGGCUUGGAGGUGACAGGCAAGCUAGAUGAAGAAACAUAUGAGCUGAUGCAGAAACCAAGAUGUGGUGUCCCAGAUGUGGGGGAAUAUAACUUUUUCCCCAGAAAACUCAAAUGGUCAAAAAUGAAUUUGACAUACAGAAUUAUGAAUUACACUUCAGAUCUGAGACGUAAUGAAGUAGAAAGAGCUUUCAGAAAAGCAUUUAAAGUUUGGUCUGAUGUGACACCACUGAACUUCACCAGAAUACGAAGUGGUACAGCUGAUAUCAUGAUCUCCUUUGGCACUAAAGAACAUGGUGACUUCUACCCUUUUGAUGGACCUUCUGGAUUACUGGCACAUGCUUUUCCCCCUGGCCCAGACUAUGGAGGAGAUGCUCAUUUCGAUGAUGAUGAAGUUUGGUCAGAUGAUUCUAAAGGCUAUAACUUGUUUCUUGUUGCUGCCCAUGAAUUUGGUCAUUCACUGGGACUUGAACACUCUAGAGACCCUGGAGCUUUGAUGUUCCCAAUCUACACAUACACUGGAAAAACUGGUUUUGUUCUUCCUGAUGACGAUGUGCAAGGGAUCCAAGAGCUCUAUGGUGCUGGAGACAAAGAUCCCAACCCAAAACAUCCCAAAACCCCAGAGAAAUGUGAUGUAGAAUUAUCUCUUGAUGCAAUAACAGAACUUCGUGGAGAAAUGCUGGUCUUUAAAGACAGGUUUUUCUGGCGACUGCACCCUCAGAUGGUUGAGGCAGAACUGGUGUUACUUAAGUCCUUUUGGCCAGAGCUUCCAAAUAAAAUAGAUGCAGCUUAUGAAAAUCCCAUCAAAGACCUUGUGUUCAUGUUUAAAGGAAAGAAAGUCUGGGCUCUGAAUGGUUACGACAUAGUUGAAGACUUCCCUAAAAAGAUCUAUGAAAUGGGAUUCCCAAAAGAAAUGAAAAGAAUAGACGCAGCCGUCCACGUUAAAGACACCGGCAAGACUCUCUUUUUUACUGGAAAUAAGUAUUGGAGUUAUGAUGAAGAGGCAGAGGUUAUGGACGAAGGUUACCCCAGGCUGAUAGAGGAAGAAUUCGCAGGAAUUGGUGAUAAAGUGGAUGCAGUCUAUGAAAGAAAUGGUUACCUCUACUUCUUCAAUGGACCACUGCAGUUUGAAUAUAGCAUCUGGAGUCAACGAAUUGUCCGUGUCCUGCAUACUAAUUCCCUGUUUUGGUGCUAAUUACAGCUGAGCGCCAUGUCAUAGGCUGCAGAGCAGCUUGUAGCACAUGGGAAUAUUGAUAAAGUGGGCAUUUAGGUUUACCAAAGGACAGCAAGGUUCUAUGAACAAGUACUAGGCUACCUACCAACAAAUGUACACGGUAUAUAUGGACUUACUCAGCUGCAUGUCAGUCUGGAAUUGAUUUAACUUAAUAGGAGAAGAGAGAAGAAAUUGUUAGCAUUUCAAGGUGCAUUACACCAUUUAAAGUUUGUCUAGUAUUGGAGUGAUGCUGGAUACAUCACCCACUUUAAUAAACACU